CCUGGUUCGCAUCUUAACCUCACUUUCUCCUGUACUAUCUUGGUGCCUUCUAAUUGCACUCUUGACCCUUCUAUCUGUAGCUUGUGCCUGGCAAUUCUACAAGCUUCAGGUGCCUCCAGCAAUCUGCUCGCUGCUAUUCUAGAAUAUGAUCUUCUUGCAAGCCUGAUAAAGCUCCGAUCGCUUACUCCGUACAGCUUCCAGUCGCAACCAUGACGCGAGAGAGCUACCUAAAGCGAUCGCUGGGUACCACCCUCUCCAGGCGAAUCAAAGAGUCGCGCGUGCUUCUCGUCGGCGCAGGCGGCAUCGGCUGCGAGCUGCUCAAGAACCUUUUGCUCACUGGGUUCGGUGAAAUCCACAUCAUUGAUCUAGAUACAAUCGAUUUGAGCAAUUUGAAUCGUCAAUUUCUCUUCCGUCACGAACACAUCAAGAAAUCGAAAGCUCUGGUAGCCAAAGAGGUUGCGCAAAAAUUCCAGCCAUCUACAAAGCUCGAGGCCUAUCAUGCCAACAUUAAAGAUGCCCAGUUCAACGUCGACUGGUUCGCUACUUUUGACAUCGUGUUCAAUGCGCUGGACAACUUGGACGCGAGGCGGCACGUCAACCGCAUGUGUUUGGCUGCAGGAGUGCCCUUAAUCGAGAGCGGAACGACAGGAUUUAACGGCCAAGUUCAAGUCAUCAAAAAGGGUGACACUGAGUGCUACGACUGUAACUCCAAGGAGGUCCCCACGACAUUCCCUGUUUGUACAAUUCGCAGCACUCCUAGCCAGCCCAUCCAUUGCAUCGUCUGGGCGAAGAGCUACCUCCUUCCAGAGCUUUUCGGCACUAGCGAAGAUGAAACCCAAGACUUCGAUCACUCUGAAGACGCUGAAAAUGCGGCAGAGAUUGAGAAUCUCCGAAAGGAAGCACAGGCACUGAAAGACAUCAGGGGGUCGAUGGGAUCUGAAGACUUCGCAGAAAAGGUGUUCAACAAGGUUUUCAUGACAGAUAUCGAGCGCUUACGAGGAAUGGAAGAUAUGUGGAAGUCGCGACAGCCUCCAGAGCCGCUUGAUUUUGCAACCCUCCAAGAACAAUCUGGUUCGGUCGAUAAUACCAUUUCCCUCAACGACCAAAAAGUGUGGAACGUCACCGAGGAUUUUGUGGUCUUUAAGGACAGCUUGAAUCGACUGAGCCGAAGACUGAAGGACUUGAAAGAAAAGACAUCGGAAAAAGACGUCAGCCCUAUUCUCGUCUUCGAUAAGGACGACGUCGAUACCUUGGACUUUGUCGCCGCAAGCGCCAACUUACGUUCAGCCAUCUUCAAGAUCGAGCCCAAGUCAAAAUUUGAUAUCAAACAAAUGGCUGGUAACAUUAUUCCAGCGAUUGCUACCACCAAUGCUAUGACUGCAGGACUUUGCGUUCUCCAGGCAUUGAAGGUCCUGAAAGAUGACCUCGCAAAUGCAAAAAUGGUCUUCCUCGAACGAUCAGGUGUUCGUGCUAUCAACUCCGAUUCAUUGAAGGCACCCAACCCGAAUUGCCCGGUGUGCUCUGUCGCCCAAGGCCGGGUUUUCAUUGACCCAACCCGUGCAACGCUCAAUGACCUAGUCCGAGAUGUACUUCGCUUGCAGCUUGGAUACGGUGAGGAGUUCUCUCUGAGCAAUGAAAUCGGCACAAUCUACGACCCCGAUUUAGAAGACAAUCUUCCAAAAACGCUUUCAGAGCUUGGCGUGAAAGACGAGAGCUUCAUCACUGUUGUAGAUGAGGAGGAUGAGAACCCACGCGUGAAUCUCGAACUUGUCAUUCGCGUGUCACAAAAACUUGAUGAGCCCGCGGCAACAGAGGAGAAAAAGCCCGUGACUUUGGAGAGAGUCAUGGAUAUCCCUCGGAAACCCAAGGCCGCAACUCCCCCCCCAACCGAACAAGUGAACGGCACGACUGCACAUGAACCGGUGACCGGUAAACGCAAGCGCGAAGCGGAAGGCGAGCUUUCCAACGGCUAUGAGCGUGUCAAGCGCGUUGCCAGCGUUGCGGUGGGUAGCGGGGACGGGGCAGAUCCAAUCGUGCUGGAUGAAGCCGACGGCGGAGCGAUUCUGAUCGAUGAUUAA